UGAAAUGUAUAAAUAGACUACACUGGACCGAGCAAUAAUAUCAGAACAUUUUCAAGUGUGUAUUUUAAAGCAGCUUAAUUUCCCUGAUUUUAUUUCCAGUAUAAAAGAAAAAUGGCAAAAAUCUUAAUUGUUUUGUGUUUGUUGGCGUUGAUUGCCGUGAGCAUGGCCAUUGCAGUGGCUGAACCAGAAGCACAACCACAAUUCACUUAUGGUCCUGGUUUCUAUGGUGGUGGCCGUGGUAGUUUUCACAGAGGAUUCCCCGGAUAUGGUUAUGGUCAUCGUGAAUUCUAUGGUGGCCCGCGGUAUGGAGGAUAUGGUUUAAGUCCAUAUCUAGGUUAACAAAGCUGCCGUUGAAUAAACAACUUUUAUCAAUAAAGUCACAUUUUGUACAUACUUGAUAAUGACAAUUGUGUUCAAUGCAAGAAACAAUUAAACAAAAACCGUUUUUGUAUGGCA